AUGUUUGCUGCACAUAUCCGACAACGCCAUGCCGAGCUUUGUCCGCCAUCUAUGUCCACAGACGAUGAUUCUGGAAGGCAUUCAGGCAUCGAGUCACCUGACAUUAGCAGAAAUCCGAGUUUUCCAUUUUCUCCUAAAUUAAUGUCUCCUCCAGUUGACAAAGAUUCAGCCCAAUUAACAUUCAAUCUGAAAGGUCACCGAAAACACAAGCGCCGAAGAACGAGGCGCGACCGGCGUAUUGACGACAUAUUGAGUUCUCCAAAGGACAGUAAAAUGCACAGUCUUUCAAGGAUUGAUCCUGGGUACGAAGAUAAGGUUUUCUGGCGAUUUGAUGAUCGACCUGGUCCAUCAACUCAACGUGCCACACCGAACUUAUUGGAAACGUCGACGCCAUCUGCGGGUUUAUUGAAGGAACCCGAACGUUGUGGGAGUAGUGACAGUGUGAUAAUACGCCUUUCUCCCAACCUUAGCGUUCGAGCUGCACUUACGGAAUGCGACGAAAGUUAUAGGAAGAGGAGAAAAAAGAAGACCUGGCGCAGGUCUAAGAGACGAGAGCAUGAGCCUGAACGAUCUUCUUCAUCUCUACGCUCACGAGCUAUACCUGUUGUAGAACCUCUUCGUCUCAAGUUGAGUUCUGAGCGAUCUUGCGUUAUAGAACGUUCUGCGCGAUCUCACAGCUCCCCAAGAGAAUCCUGCCGCUCUGUUGACGAAACUUUACAAAGCGGAAAAGCUAGUUCGGGAACUCGUGGUUACCCAUAUGCACAGAAAGAUUCGAAAAGAAGUGCUUUUACGGAAUUGAUCCCAUCACAUUCUUUUAAACGGUCGGUGACCCAAUAUACCACCUACCAAAGUUCUGCUACUGUUUCGUCUGAUAUUGUUGACCCAGCGUCCGUUACUGUCGGGCAACCAGCCGAGCGUGCAGAAGCUGAGCCUAAUAGGCUUCUCCUUCACGUUUCCGAUGUAACUACCGUUUUUUCACCACCACUACCACUGAUAUAUUCCCAAUCUCAAACAUCAGCUGAGCGUGUGGUGACUUCAAAUUACAAGGCGCGACUUGUUCAGCGAGUUGCUACAAAAACUGCUUUGUUGGAUCGAGAAGUGGCACCGUUGGAUCCCAUUGUGAAGUCGGCUCCAACUUUGGAGUUUGGACCUGAAGAACCGGUAGCUCUAAAAGGUCAUGCCGAAGACCAUGAAUUACUAGAAACUGCUGAAAAUCAAAGACUAUUAUCUCAGCGGAAAUUAAAGCAGUCAUCGAGUUCUCAGGAAACAUGGGAACCGCUAGGAAUAAAGAGCCCGGCUUAUGGGAUUGUCUUGCCCGUUGCAUCUAGGCAAGACAACGACGCUGACGACGCAACAGUGGGUUUCCUCACAUCUUCACCUGAACCACUGUCAGAAGAUGACAACUAUAUAAUAAAGGAGGAAGUCGAAGAGCUCCAAGAGAAAGUGUUGGAAGGAGAAGAGUCAUCUUGGAGAAAUUCACGCCAGCGUUUGAGACAAAGCCUGUUGGUGAGCUCUGAAAGUUCUGAUACGGAUCGGAGGACAAUUAUCACCGUUGACGAGGAUCAUCCUGAUCAUAGAUCAAGUGAUUUCGAUGCUGAUGUGCAAAAAUUGUCAUUAGAGCUAGCUGAGCUUUCAUAUUCAUUUGAUCCACAACAGAGUUAUAAGGCAGAUCGUAACUUGGUAUUCACAAGGAAGACUUCGAUUGAUAUUAGCGAUAGUAGUGACGUUGAAGCAUCCGACUCUCAAAGGAUUAACACUCGGCUAGUGCAUGAAACUGAGCAGGGUGGGCUUCAAAUUGAAAGUUCCGUCGAAAAGAGCUCAUGCCAAUCACCCAUACACGUUUCUGUGUUAGAUGAAACUUUUGAUUCAGUGAUAACUCAUAAGCGAAUACCCGAAUACAAUCGAUCGCAGGAGUCUGGUGAAAUGGCCCUCCAUCCUUCCAUAGAAAAUUCUAAUUUGAAGCAGAAGUUUGAAUCCUCUAUUAGGAGCCGUGAACCAACCAUCGAUACCCAGCAGUUGGAAGCCGACACCCAACAGUUGGAAGGUCAAGUGAGAGUAUUGUCUAUCGAAAACGAUGUCGAGGAGGUGUCAGAACGAGUUACUGUUUCGUCAUCUGUUCAGGAUGUUGAAAUGGAUAUACAAAGUUUGGUAGGUGUAAGCGAUAGCAAUGAACAGUGUGGGGAUGUUUUCGUUGAGGGCGUAAAUGAGAGGUUACAUCUACAGGAAGGAGACGGUGGUAGUUUAUAUGAUGAGGACUAUUCUGAAGACGAUGAAGAAUUAGUAAGUCUACAUGAAAGUUCUGUGUCGAAUUAUCCUACAUUUGAUCAACAGUCUGUAUAUAAGCAAGUACUUGAGCAACCAGUACCAUCUUUAACGACACAAAAAGCAGUUCAUCGAGAUCCAAUUGCUGCCACGCAACCAUUACACCUGUACGAAACAGUACACUCUGAGCCGUAUAAGCACCAACAAAUCUCUGGAGGGUGUGCAAACUCUUUUCAUGAUAUUGUGGGAUCUCGCGAAUUGAGUGUUCAGACGGUUUUUGCAAAUAAUCAUGGAAUGUUAAUGCAACAUUCUGAACCAAAUUUUCAAAGUCGUAAAGAUAACCAAUUCGAAGCUGGUUCAUCUAACGAGAAACCUCUUGUAUCUGUGGGAUAUCUAAUGCAAAAGAACGAAAAUCUUCCCCAUUCUUUUCCUUUACAUAGUGGUCGCAAACUAUAUAACUUUUAUGACGCUUCACAACAUCAAAAAAGUCAAGUGCAGCACAUUGAGGAAGUAGGUAGAAACUACUCGUGUUAUCCAAAUGUUAGCUAUCAAAGUGAACCGAUUUGUGGGACAGUUCAUGAAGAACACCCUCGAGGGGUACCGCAAGAGAUCAUUCACCAUCAAAUUUUUAAGGGUCAUCGUAGGUACCAGGAGCAGCCGAUGCAUUCACAUCGACAUGCAGUUGGUCAGCAUGAUGUAAAUACUACAAGAACUAUACCAAGAGAGAACGGCCAAGUGCCGCGCAAUCAUGUUCUUCAAGUAACCUCUCCGUGGAAACAUUCGCUACUGUCACAAACUGAUUUUCAAGGUGCACCACUGCAGAAUUUCUAUACUCAGCAUCAGAAGUUACAAAACGACCUGCAACGUCAACGGUUUUCAUGUCAUCAACCGCAAGUAUUAUCUGAGGAGGUGAAUGAGUUCAUGCAGCGAAAACAACCAACAGAACUCAUGGAAGACGAGAUGAGGGCGAUGCGAUAUAUUUAUUUGAUGAACGAGCAAAGAAUUGCAAAAAAGUUAUUGGCUCAAUCAGACCGAAAAAUUCAAAGGCCACUGAAUCCACCUGCAAAUUUGAUGUGUUUGUUUGAGCUUCCUCCAAUUCAAGUGGAACCGACAGCAAUACCCGAAGGAGUGUCGAGAAGAAGAAUGCAGGAACAAAUCCUUCCACCUUACUACCACGCCCAGUUCGCCGUCAGGAAUGGUCCGUGUGUUUCUCCGCUUAAUUCUGUAAGUGAACAAUGCGACGAGAUCCAGAUUUUGCACGAAGUUAUGAACCUAGAACUUCUUGAACCUCUUGCGACAUUAACAGUGCCGCCCAAAAUACAGAGUAAUGUUGUGGAACCACAAAGAAGUCGCAGUGCAUCACAGAUCGAAGGACCGCAUCCAGUUCCAAACACUUCUGAGAUGAGGAUUCCAAAUAGGGAUAUCAACAUGUCGCCAAGAAGUGAAUCGGACAUGAGUGCUGAUGAAGUUCUGGAUUUAAAUAGUGAGCAGUCUGUUAGGGAUAACUCGGACGACUCCACUGACAGCGAAACAAUUCGAAGAAGAUGGGAUCUGAGUCCAAGUGUUUCCCCACUCACGCUAGAGGCCCUUACUUCAGACGUGAGCUCUCCUGAGGGAUCUGAUUCAAGUGAUGACCAGCCCGAUGUUCCAGUUUGGUCAAAAAUGUCGAGAAAACACGCUAAAAUAGCUAUAGCGGUAUGCAGAAAUAUGCCAAAACGCUUCCAGUCACUAUGUCGACGUUUCGUUUGGCAACAGGGCAUUACGUAUUUGUUAGAGAACUUUUGUCUUCAAAAAUGGGAGAUUCGAGAAGACCAUGAUGCAGAGUCAGUGUGGUUCUUUGACAGAGAUUUCAAUCGGCGAUUCAAACCUUUUGAGAUGAGGGCAGGGUGUCUAUCCGAGAUUUCUGGUACUUCAACGAAACCGAAUAUUAACGUAUUCUACGGUUUCAACAUUUGCGCGGACAUACCGAUAAAACGCUGUCGGAAAACCGUUAGGAUCGAGGAUAGAACAAGUUUAUCGUUAAGUUGCAAAGAAAUAUUAAGAGACGUGGAGACAACAUGUUCUGAGUCUGAAAGCUUCGAUGAGUCAGAAGGCACUUCAACCGAGUUCCAAGAUUCCAGUGAUGAUGAUAGUUCAUUUGACAGUACCUAUUCUGAAAAGCAAGAGUUUAUUGCGAUGAGUUGCUGCAAGCAGUUUCUUCAACAAAUGGUUGCACGUAAGAAAGGCGACUUUUUCACGUCUUCUGGUAGAAGUGCUGUUCAAGUGACAUCGAUUUUGGCUCAGCUAUUCCACGAACAUCGUUCUGCUUACGAGCUAAUGAUUGCGGAUAUAAUUCCUAUACCUACACCAGAUCAACGUGAAAUUCCAUUUUCUGAUGAUGCGGAGUGGGUGGCAGCGCGUAUAUUAGCCAUCAAUCGUGCUCAGAACAGGUUGUUUGUUCCAUCAUUCCCGCCUUGGGCAGAAAUGCACAGGAUGUGGAAGGUUUACGGCCAUCUGCAACAGUUCGCUUCGGUGAUUGGUGGAGAUUACGAGAAAUUUGUUAAUGAGUGUAUCAGUGUGGCAUACAACCAUUACUACAGACUUAAAAAUGGGAUUAAAGUGGCUGAUAAUAUUCCUGGUGACCUACUUGAGCUAUGCUUUGCGAUAACUUCUGAACGAAUGCGUGAGCACACGGAAAGCGUUGAAGCUGAAAAGAACAAACCUGGAACAAGAAGGAAUGCGGUGCCACUAAAACGCCGUGAGGGAUUGUCGUCGUUUCCAAGUCAACCAGCAGCAAACCGUGAGCUUUUGUCACGUUGUCGCCGCGUGUAUGACGAGAAGAGGCAGACAAAGCGACGACGUUGGAAUGCAAUGCGUUAUCUGCACAACGCCUUGCCUGGUGCUGUGAUCGAAGGGAUUGACGUAUUCGAUAUGGCACAGCGAACAAAUUUGUCUGUUGCCGGUAUAUUUGGUCCUGAACACAAACUUGGGCUUAAUGAUUUACCGUUUGCGUCAGAAAUGGAUAACCGACCAGCCUAUCUGGAUAUGGAGGAGCUGCUCAGUCUCAUGAAGGAUACAUUAGCUGUUGAAUUGGAUACAACGGUCGAUCACGAGGGGAACCUUCAGCCAAGCGUAGAUUUUCUCACCGUGCGCGGGUUGCACUUUAAAGCAGUUACUGAAGGUGGCCGUUGUCAUUUAAUGGUAUCGCCCGCAUCCAUUCCUGUGCCACCUGUUAAAGUGGAUCGUUAUGGCAACAUGACGUCUAUUCAGAGGGCAGCUGUUCCAAAUACAUUGUAUCCUGAGUUAAUCUCACGGAAGAUGCGUGGCGAUAAUCAUGGACAGCUCCUUCGCUCACUUGAAUCUCCACCUCUUUCUAAUAGAGACUGUGAAAUCUCUUGGGAGAGUCAGUGUCCCACUUGCUUACGGACAACGGAAAAUCUUGUCGAUAUGGACUUCGCUCGUACAUGUCAAAAAGGGUUGCCGGAGGAGCUACUACAGAGGUUAACGGUGUCAAAGAUAAGUACCGCUAACACUACGUACGGACCAUGUAAAGUUCCUGAAUUAUUGACGUAUGAAGAUCUUGCCAAGUUGUUGGUCAAAUAA